AGACAAACGUGGAAGCUUUAGAAGAGCGUAAUGGGCAUGCGCGGCGUCACGUGACACAAGCAAACCUUAGCUUGAGGUGUCCUGUCUGUUUCAGAGGGUAUGGAUGGAGUUCCUGUGACCUUAACAGGGGCCGUUUGUUUUGGUGCCAGCCUUGCCUUAUCGAGCUUGUUCUACUAUUGGUAUAAGAAGAGCCAGACAACUGUCAACAAACUUCAAAGUGCUCCACGUUUCACUGUCGAUAAAAAACUGACAGAGCUUCUGAGUGUUACACCAGGGUCGUGUCUACAGUAUGUUGUCAUUGAAGGUACUGUGAUGAGUGAACAAGAACGUUUGGCGAGUCAGUUUCACAAAGAAAUCUUUGGCGUGUUGCAAAAGUUCACAUUAAAAGAGCACAGGCUGGUGUGGAGCGGUGUUUCGCGUACAUGGCUGGAUGCAGAGCAAACCUUGCACCAAAGGGUGAACAUGAUGCCCUUUAUAUUGGUUGGAUUAGACAAGACUUCAGUCAAAGUUCUGAACCCUCUGGAAGCAGCUGGAACGUACACAGAGGUCAUCUAUGAGAAAUUUACCCCUGCCAGUUACGGUUUCGGAGACCUUAUUGGACAGUUUGUCAGCGGGGUAAAAACUAAAGGUCACCUGGAGAUCGAGGAAAUGCUCAAAGUGGGCACGACUCUUACUGGUGUUGGCGAGUUGAGAUUAGAUGCAGACGGCUCUUUGAGUCUCCGACCCCCCUCUGAUGGUCCCCAGUACUUCCUGAGCCUGACAGACUUCGACACCCUGUGCAAGCAGAAUCACAGCAUAGCUGUUUGGUGGAAGACGCUGGCUAUUGCCUCCGCUUUGGUGGGAGCAGCCAUCCUCCUCUGGGCCGGUCUGCGCUACUACCGUUCCCUGGACCRCCGCCGGCAGCAGGAGCAAGAAGCAGAGGAGUUCGGAAGAUUACGAUCUGAACUCGCAAGACGACGCGCUAACGAAGCGAGAGCUGACGGCUCCGCAGCUGGAGAGAACCCAGAGAAUGUCUGUGUGGUUUGUCUCGACCAGCCGCGAGACAUCGUCCUSUUGAACUGUGGACACAUAUGCUGCUGUCACACCUGCUUCCUGGCUCUGCCGCAGCGAAAAUGUCCCAUCUGUAGACAGAUGAUUGUCAGAGUGUUGCCUGUUUAUCAUCUAUGAGGCAUCUGUGUGACUGCAGUGGACUCAGACGCCACACAAACUGUGCCUCCUUGCUUUAUAGGGUUUAAAGUUGCCACCCUUUGAAUUUAUAACCUCAGUAAAAKAUAUUGGCACCAACAGUUCUUGCUCAUCCAUUCUAGAAAUUGAUAUAAGGGUUAAUUAAUGAUGAAAUGAGAUAUAAUAAAAGUAGGUUUUAUUUUAAAGAAAGUGGCUGCUAAUUUGUCAGUGACAAAACUGUACUGUAUGUGUUUUUUAUAAAUAAAUAAAAACUCGUUGACAGCACCCAA